CGCCUGACGGAGCACCGAGGAGUGACGGGGGAUGGCUGAAGGAGGGCACGCCGGCGCUCCCCCCGUCCGGCUGUGGGUGCGACGCGUAGGUGUGUACUGCGAUGAGCACCGCAAAACGUGGCUCGUGGCUGCGGAAGAGGAGGAAGGUAUGCUGAGGGCUCGGAUCCAAAGAGUUCAGGUUCCCCUGGGUGAGGCGCUGCGACCCAGCCAGCUCCCCCCAUCCCGGCUGCCUCACAUGUGGCAGCUGUCCCAGGGUGAGCAGUACAGGGAUAGUAACUCUCGCGUUUGGGAGAUAGAGCACCAUCUCAUGCUCGGUGGUGUUGAAGAACUGCUGCUUAAACUCGUGCCUGGUGAUUAAUCUGGAGCAGUGGCUCUAGGAAGAUGUCCUUGUAUGUUUUGUACAAUAAAUGAUUCUCUCUCCACUGAAAUGCGGCCACCCCUGAGGUGGAAGCAGUUAAGCAACACACAGCAACAUCACAUGAGUUUAGGACAGGCAGUGAAGAGGAGUAUCGUGUCCAAUUGAAACGUCAGGGGGAGUUCUAGGUAGGCAGAAUGUAAUUGCCCUAAGUGGAGCUUGGCCAGGAUGCUGGAUAUAGGCCCUAGCCCUACCGAGAAGCGCUGUGGGGCAGGGGAUGGGCAGGAGGCUGACGGCAGCCCCGGCCCCGGGCAGGGCUGAGCUGUGGCACUGUGGGAGCUGAAGCGCUGCGCUGCGUAGAGCCGCAGCGAUGCUUUCCUUCCGAGCUCUCUCGCCCCGCUGCAGCUCCCCCCACUUUGGUUGUCUGUCGCUUUCUCACGAGAUCCCGGUGCCGGGCGGGUGCCGCAGCUGCAGAAAGUCAAACUGAUGUCUGCCUUCCGGGGAUCUGAUAAUGGCAGAGCUGUUUCUUUUGGGAGAAUCCCACGAGGAUUUCUCCUGCGACAAAAAAUUGCCCCUCGUUGUUUUUCCGGGACGCACGUAACGACGCUGUUCUGCUGUUUUUCCCAAAUUCCUCCUCCAGAUGCAGUUGCCUGGCUAACGCCAAACUCCGGGACGCACAGAGCUCGCUGAGAGGGCUCACGUUUUAGCGAAAGGUUUAGAGGCAUAGAGCUGUUAAAAAAGAGCCGUGCUCGUGUGAGUCGUUGUUGGAAUCUUUGUGCUUCCCAGUGGGAAAGGACACGCUUUGACCAGAGAAAAGGGAAAGGCCUUCAGGUGUAGCUCUGUAGAACUUCCCUGUGCUCAUGGCCCGCGUUGGCGGCCUGCAGCCAGGCCCUGGGGUGCGCGGGGAGGCAGCUGGCAGGUCGCUCCCCGGGAGAGGAGUGCUGUGAGCGUUCUGUGUGUUGAGUGGGAGCGUGGGGAAUCCCAUCUGUUGGCAGCAGGUGCGUCCUGACCACCUGCGACAGGGAGGGAAGCCGGGAGCUCUUUGCUCAGAGGCAGUGUCUUGCCCCCUGCCUCCCCCAAAUCUUAUUUCUACAGUAACAUUUUCCUGUCGUUUUAGUUCUCUGACCAUGUCCAAGAAGGAUCCCUGCCAGAAACAAGCCUGUGAAAUACAGAAAUGCUUGCAAGGUA